AAAUAAUUCUGGGUGGGAAUCGGCUUCUGUGUUGUUUACAUGCAAAUGGCGAAGAUAGCGUCGAACGAGAACCUUCAUGUCUUUUACGUCAAAUUGCGACGACCCGAAGGCUCCUGUUAGCUUUUAGCUCACGCCCUUUGGUCCCGAGCAACCCAGGUGACCUCAAGACUACAGAAUGGACUCAUUUUCUUUAUGCCCAUGAAUGUGUGGCAUAGUUUUUUCCCGAGUAAUCUAAGAUCUCUUCAACCUUUGCGGAUGUGAUUGUUUACUGCUCGGUAAAGCUUCAUGAUAGAAUAGACACACGCAAAGGAAAGUUAGACCAAACACUGACACAUUUGCAGAGGUAAGUUAGUUAAGGACAUGAUUCAAGAUGGAUAUCCCUCUUGAUCUGAAGCUCUUCAUGAACAAUACAACUACCAAGGUCUACAAAUGUGAUCAGUGCAGUGCCUCUUAUUCCGACAAAGCCUAUUAUGACUUGCAUAGGCAGACACACCAGAAGGAUGGCAUCCCUAUGGUGCAAAUUGUUAUGACUUCUCCACCACAAGCCACGACACCUCAGCCAACUCCUGCACAUCAGCAGCAGCAGCAGCAACAACAGCAGCAGCAGCAGCAGCAUCAACAGCAGCAGCAGCAGCAACAACAGCAACAUCAACAACAACAGCAACAGCAACAACAGCAGCAGCAGCAGCAGCAACAACAGCAACAGCAGCAGCAGCAGCAUGUCAUACAUCAGCAAGAUCCACAGCUGACUGCAUAUAAAAGGGCUUAUGGGGGGGAAAUACAUCAGAUAUAUGAAGUUGCACCAACUACAAGGUAUCAGGUUGUUACAAGCUCUCCUCAUGUGAUCAACGCUGUAAGUCUAGAUAAUCAGACUCAGGUUAGUGUUCCCACUUACACAUCUCCAUACAUUGUUGCCACAACACAGGAAACUCCCCAGAGAACUAUAACUAGCAUACAGAGUCAGCAGCAAACACAUCCUCAGCAGCAGCAGCAGCAACAACAGCAGCAGCACCAGCACCAGCAGCACCAGACUCAACAUGUUCAGCCACAGCAGCAGCAGCAGCAACCGCAGCAAAGAACUACCAUUACAGCAGUUUUAGACCCCAAGGAUAGACCUUUUAAAUGUGAUCAAUGCACAGCUUCCUUUAUAGAUCAUUCUGAACUUAUUGAACAUAAAAAGAAACACAGUGGUGAUGGCCCAUUUACCUGUGAAGACUGUCAUUUUACAUUUAUGUAUAAAAGCCAUUUCCGCAGUCACAAAACGAGAUGCCAAAAGAAACGAGCCAUGAUGCCACAUCCUCCCAAACCCAUUAUCAACCCCAGUCCUGUCAAAAGACAGUUUCCCACUCACAAUCAGCAUCAGCAACCUCAGCAGCAACAGAAGGUACAGCAAACACAGUCCAAUAAUAGAAUUUCAGCCAAGAAUAAUGUUCAUAAUAACAAAGUGAAUACAGGUUCUAAUAAUAUUCCCUUUAAUCCUAAUAAUCCCAGUUUCAAGAGGCAAAAGAAAGAACUUAGACAAGACAGACCGUACGAGUGCCACGAGUGUGAUGCAUCAUUCCAAAACGUGCAAGAUUUAGAGGCCCACAAGUCAAAGCAUACUGGAGAGGGCCCUUUCAAGUGCGACGAAUGCAGGUUUGUGUUCCUUUACCGCAAGUUGUACGAGGCUCACCGCAGGCGGUGUGAAAAGAAGAGAAGAGUUUCGAAUCCUGGUAACACAAAUGCUACUAUAGUGCAGGCGCAAACUAUACAACAGACUCAGCCACAGCAGCAACAGCAGCAGCAGCAGCAACAACAACACCAACACCAACAACAGCCACAACAGCAGCAGCAGCAGCAACCUCAGCAUGUUAUCCACCAGACUCAGUCACAGCCUUUGCAAAUACACACAGCAGGAGGGAGGACAGUCACUGCUGUACCUACCUCUGGCACUGCAGUGCAAUUGAUUACUCCAACCCAACUUCAUAAUGCUGUUAAUCAACCUCAGGCCACUGUGAUUGAUAUGAGAGCUGUACCAGCAGGGCAACAGGUUCAACAAGUACAGCAUAUCCAACAUCCUGCGAUUAUAGAACAAGUCAUUCAUGUUGCUCAGAUUCCCACAUCCAUAGCUGGUGGGAGACAAGAGAUCAAAUAUGACCUUGUCCCCGCAACAGUUGACAUGGGGGAAGUAAAUCAAAUUAUGAACCUCAUCAAGGUAAAAGGUCACCCGCAGUAGCAAUGGCUUUUAGUCAAGGCCCAGGAAAACCCGCAACAAAAUCCCCAGCAAAACUAAAUUCUUUUGCCAAAAUUUGAUGCGCAGUAGCAGUUGACUUUCAGAUUUAAAAGGAUUGUCUUUAUGAUGUUUUAACAGGAAGGUUACUUGCUUUUAAGAAUCUGUUGCACACACACAAAGGCAUGUACAUUAUAAAUAUAAGUAUGUUCUGAAAUGGCAAUGAAAUUUAGAUUUAAAAGAAUAUUACUUUUGCUUCAAUUUCAUUCAUUAGCACAGUGUUUAGAUGGAGUUUCUGGGUUUUGGUUGUGAAAAAUCGGGGUUUUACUCCUGAUCAACGUGAAGUAUUUUAGUGAACUGGAAAUUGUAGGUUUUGUAUUCUGAUUGAAGGCAUAUCACUUUGGUAUGGAUUUUCAACUCUUCAUACAGUUCUGUCUUAGAACAUUUGACAAAUUAUUUCUAAGUUGUUUGAACUACAGACAUACCUCCACUUACGUCGUUUUAACUUCUGUCAUUUUAUACUUUAGUGGUGUUUGUGAAUAAAAAUGGAUAAUCAGAUUCAACCAUUGUCAUAUACAAGUAAAAAACCCAUAGCCUAAAAACAAAAGUGCAAUUUGCAUAAAAGUUAAAAAUACAUGUACUAUAGUCUUAUUUGCAUGACGUUGGGUAGCCGUAGUUCCAGUACCUGCAGUAUGGUAGCACUGGUUCGUGGCAGUUUAUUAAAACUUGUAUUUGUGUAUGUAUAUUUUAUUUGCAGUGUCUCAUUUGUAUUGAACUAUGAAGAAAGUUCCUAUUGCCAGUUCUAGUGCUGCUGAUCUGCACGCUAAAUUGUUAGACGAUAAGGUGGCUGUGCACUUGGAAAAGGAAUACAAAAGUGGUAAUGUUAAAAUGAAAGACGUCUGUAAUCCUAAUAUUCAUGACUGACUCUGAAUUAAACUCGGUACGUAAUGUCCAUUUCACUGUUGAGUGGAACAUAUAUGCUUGAAAAUGCUAGUUUAUUUUAUGUAUAGACAUAAAAUUUUUGAAGUAUAUAUCAAUAUUUUCAUUGUUACUUAUCUGUCACCUACGAUCCUUGAAUGACUGACUUAAGCUUAAUAUUAUUGCUUAGUGGAAGUUUAUGCUUAAUAAGUUUGUUUACAAAAAUUUGUAUAUUAAAUGCUAAAGAUAGUGUCAAUAAUGCAAUUCAUGGUAAAAUCAGAUAUAAAUUUUUUAAUACUUUGAGUAUUUUGGGACAGCAUUACUCAGCCUAUGGCAUCUGAGUUCGUUAUUGCCAAGCCUACUUCUAUGUGCAUGCAACAUUUGAUCAUCGAUUUUUAGGUUUUUCAAUUUUAUGGGUUUCUUGAAUGAGGAAUUGUGAAACAAAAUAAAUCUAUAAUAUCUUCUAAAGUUACAGUUGUUGGAGGAAGAAGGGAAGCUGGAAUGUCCUGAGAUUUGCGUUUGAUGAGGGUCCUGCAAGUUGUUGAAUACGUAAAUAUUUUACAAAACAUGCAGGCAUGGUAAAUGAUGUGAAAGAGUACUGUGUUUAGUACUGCAUGAAAGCCUAUUUUUGCAUUUUUAUGUUGGUUUCAUACAGAGCCAGUACAUACUGAUUUGUACUUGGAUCUCCCUUGUUAGAAUCCUAAUUAAUAUUUCCUCCAAAUCUGUGUGUGUGUAUUUAUGGGUUUGCAAGGAUUAUAAAUUAUAUAUUUCAGCAAUAUUUAGUAUAUAUAUUUGGUAGAGCAAAAGAAAGACUGGAAUCCUCAAACUGCCUGAAACAAGUUGUAAGCCAUUUGAUCAUAAAUAUGUAGUGGACUAGACUGAUAAGCAUAGUUAAUUGUAUUUCAUUAAGGAAACUGGGAUGUACUAGCUUAUUAAUCAAAACUUUGAGCAAAAUAAUAUGCAGUGCAAAAGGGUAAACAAGCAUAUGCAUACCAGAAAUUCAUAUAUUUUUUUUUCAAAGUUUACAAGUAAUCAGCAAAUGAACUGAGAAUAUUCACAUGUAAAUUCUGUGAUUCUCAGUGUAUUAAUGACAUUACAUACGUAUGUGCUGUAUUUUUACUCUCAUUUGUCGAUUACAUGAAAAUAUACUCCUGGACAGUGUGGUUUUGUGAAUUUUUAUGUGCAUACUGAAUAAAAAAAAAAAUGCUGUCAUAGUACGUGUGUAUCUUAUAUGUUACAUGGUCGUAUUGGAGCUUAGGCUAUAGUUAUACCAUGAGUUGAAACUUUGGGUAGACAUAAUUCCCUAUAUUUACUGAUAUACACAAUUAUGUCAAUCAUAUACAUAUGUAGAAAUAUUACCUAUAUCAAAAGUUGGAGUACAAUAAUGAUACCCUGUGGAAAAGCGAAAAAGGGAGAAAACAGAAGUUAAAGAAGAGCAUCCCUCUUGUAACUGACAGAUGAACCGAGUGCAUGCACAUAUAUGCUGUCAUUAAUACUACACUGAAAAUCACUAUUUACUUCCAAAUGUUCUAACUUUAUUUGGUGAUUACUUGUUUAAGAAAUUGUAUGAUUGUCUUGCAUGUGUUUGUUUACUCCUCUCUUCUUCGGUGUGUAUUAUCAUCUUACUCAAGUUUUGAUAAUCCCUUAAUCCUCAUAUCCCCUAAUGAAACGUAAUUGUGUAUGUAUCAAUAUAUUGCAUUGCAUAUUUUCUCUCAAGUAGUUUAUAAAUUUUUUCCGAAUUUUAGGUUGGGUAUACCAGAAUGCAGCAAUAAACUGCAGCUACUUUCUCAGUAGAAAGUCAACAGACAAAUACAUAUGCACCUGCAGUGCAUAGAUACUUUUUUAUAUUGUAUUUCUUAGACGUGUAUUGUAAUAUACAUUAAUAAUUCAACAGCUUACAUGACCCUGCUCAAAACUUACAAUGAAAUAAUGUUACAUAACAGAGGGAAGAAGAAUUAGGUCAUUUUGACAAUAUUGUUGCUAUUGUUGCACCUUCUCUGGAGUUAUGUCUAAUCUAUAUUACUGUGUCUCAGGUCUCCGCUACUUAACUGGUUUUGUUACUUAUCGGGAGUCCGGUCUCCCAAGUUGUCCAUCACAUUAAAGUACGAGUGUUCUAAGUGUUGGUGGAUAAGGUUGCAGUGAUAAAAACCUUGGAAAUGUGCUUUUAGCUUGAGUUGGAUGAUGAUAAAGCACAUUUAAAUAUUUAAGUUUAUUAAAAAGACAAUAAAAAUAGAACUAUCAAACGAAUGACUUUAGUAUUAAAGACAUGAUGGGGCUGCCUAUAGUGGUGUACUAUAGGAUGUCUAGGUAAUUUUUUAAUGGGUUUAUUCAAGUCAGGUCGGUUUUUGACUUGAAUUAUGAGUCUUGAAAUGAAUUAACGACGUAAGGUCAGGUAUUUCUGUAUGUUUAUGAUUUAGUUUGUAGAGAUAUUGAAAUACGUAUGUAUUUCUGUGCAAAGUAUUGCGUAAAUUAUUUUGUAUUACACGAGAGAAAUUAUAUUUAUUUUACUAUGAUCCAAAAUGUUUAUCUACUAGAUAUAAACCCAUGUACCACAAUUGCCCCGUUAACUAUGGCUAUAAUGUUGGGAUAUGGUGCUUGGACAGUGAAGACACUUGUGUUAAUUUAAUAUUUAAAAAAAAAAUGGUUUCAGUUGUGAAUAAGGUAAUCAGCAGGUUUAACGCGUGCCUCAAUGGCGUGUUUGGUAUGGUCUUUGCCUGCUAUCUCAGUGGCCGCGAGUUCGAUUCUCAGACAUUCCAUUGAGGAGUUAGAGAUGUGUAUUUCUGGUGAUAGAAGUUCACUCUCGACGUGGUUCGGAAGUCACAUAAAGCCGUCGGUUCCGUUGCUGAAUAACCACUGGUUCCAUGCAACGUAAAAACACUAUACAAACAAACAAGCAGGUUUAAGAGUUCUCUAUUAUUCAAUUGUACCACAGAAGGUUGUAGUAAUACUUUCUUUCUUUGGUACUCUUUUGAGUUGGAGUCUAUACUUGAGGACUUUGGCACAGAAGUAGUUCCUCAAUGAACAAUAAAAAACAAAGCUAGGAAAAGCUAGUUUGGAAAAAUAAAAGGUAGGGAGCAGUGCAGUAGGCAACCAAAGGAACACUGCUAGAAACCUUGAGUACUGUCUUCCGCAUGCUGUGCAGGCCACACCCCUAUAGUGUCUUAACGUAUAUCUUGGGAUACCCUUCAAAUUCAUUUCUCUGCUGACUGCUUCACUUUUGUUAGGAACAAAAUAUCACUUGGCCAGGGACUCUUGAUUAACAUUCAGCUGAUUGGUCCCUGGUGUGUCCAAAAUGAGGUGGCGCAUGAUAAAACUUAUUUUAAUAUAGUAUAUAUUUACUGUUGCACUUGGAAAACAAGAACCCAGUUCCCAGGCAAGAUAAUUGUGGAAGAAUUAGAAUCUGUUCAUUUGGUGACUACCUUAUACAUAACCCAAUGGCUCCUAAGUUAGGGUGCUGUUGAAAAAGCUUGUGUAUCCUCAGUCUCCAACCAUGAUAUCCCAGCCAUUAGGCCAGAAGUUAUGGGCUCAUGUAAGACAAGAAGUUUUAUGUUAAAAAUAUUGAGUUGUAUUUUGAAUUGACAGAUAUUUUAAUCAGAAUAUUGAAUGAGGAAAAUUUUUUAGACGUUACAGAGGAAUUAGUGGUGCAAAGGGAAAGUAUUAUAGAUUGAAACCCUUAAUACUGUACGUAAGUAUUAAUAUUGUUGAAUGCGCAUUAUUAUUUUUAUUAUGUUUCAUGUGAGAUUUAUUUUAGAAGUAUGGAAUUUUAAAAUGAAAAUAUGACAUAAUGGUGGGAAAAAAGUCUGUUGAUCCUAUUAUAUGUUAAUGAAACUUGGAUGUAACAGUUGUCCAUUGUAAAGCAAGCACAGGUUAUUUUUAUGUCAUGCAAUUUUAGUCUUGUAUUCACAGUAAUUGUGGUAUUCUGAAAAAGCAUCAUUAGAUUAGACCACUUGAGUACUUUUGAUAGCCUGACUGGAGAGAUGUUUUGAAUUUUGUAUAAAUAAAAAAGUAAAUGUAGUAUGCAGCAUAAUUUGAGGUUUAUUUGCUUCAUUUUAAAUACAAAAUGUGUUGUUUUCCUUGUGGCUGUCUAGUAUACACUACUUAUUUGUUAUUUAAUGGUUUGGGUAUCCUAGCAAGUUAAGUUGCAUUACGUGCUUUACUUAAUCUGAUCAUGUUUUAAACAAUUAGGUUAUGCUAAUUUUGAUAAAUCUCACCAAACUUCUUGUUAAUAACAUCAUAAACAGUUUUGGUGAACAGGAAAUUAGGAGGCAACUGUCAUCCUGCCUGCUUGGUGAGUUAUGAUAGAUGAUGCACCUGUGUGGAAGUUAGAAACUUGCUACAUGCACUACAACAGAUUUUUCAAUUUGACUGCUAUUAAAGUGGGAGCAGGUACCUCUUGUUGUUGCUGGUCAGCUACAUAGAAGAAAUUAUCUGGGCCUUGACUCGUGAGAAACAAGUAUUUUGUUUCAUAGUUACGGUAUGUGAUUCAUGAAUAAUGUACAAAUUAAUGGGCAUUAUGGAAAGCUUAGGGUCAGUAAUAUGCUAUUUAUAUUGCACUUGUGGUUUAAAAAACACAUUUACCUUGGAAGUGCAAAAAAGUGAAUCAUUAAAGUGCCAAGACUAGAACUUACGCCUUGGUGUAUUUCCAAGAAUGUCUCUUGCAAAAAUACAUAUAUGCAUUUCAGAUCAUUAUUUUAACAAGUUUGUUAUAGAUAGGCAGUGAUUUGUACAAUAUAUGUCUGUAGACAAUGAAUACUGUAUAUGAUUACAAAGUAUGCCAUUUUUGUACAAGGAAACAGAUGACACAUUAGCACUGGUGUUUAAAGAGUGCAGAUUUAUAUACGGUUCAAUAAAAUUUUACCUUUAGCGUCUACAGUCGUAUAUCAAGUACGUCACGUUGCCAAAUUACUCAAGAGUUGAGUGUAAAUUUGGCAUGUUCAGCAUUGAAGUUGAACUCCUCUUCCCUUGUCUUGUAGAUUCAUAAUGCAAUUUACAUUGUAUUCCAGCUCCCAUGUUUUUGCAGCUGAAGUUUACAUCCUCAAGUUGAUAUGCAACAUUAAAACUUGUUCUCUCAGGGAAAAAAAAAUCUCUGCAGCCUAAUCAAUAACGUCUUCUCGACUAAGAUGGCCCAAUUUGCAGUAGGAAGUGGGGCCACUUUUAUGUUUCCCAAACAAAAGAUAUGCAUUCCGUGUAUUUGAAGGUGGUGUUUUAGAACUCUGUGAUCUUGCUGUCACUUUUUGUACUCUGUGGUGUAUUUGACAAUGAAAUUAGAAAAUAGCUUGAACAGUUAACGAUAUGUAUUGCGUAGUCUUUAGCUGCUGUGUAACAUGGGCAUUGGAAUAGUUGUGUUUCUGUUAGAUGAUGAUAUAUAAAUUUAAUUAUAUAUAUAUACAGUAACGGCAGUGUAAAUAAUAUAGCCUAUAUUCCUCAUUCACCUUUGCUGUAUGGGUGCUGGAUUCUAGUUCCCUGGUCAGUAGGUACAGUACAUAGUUCUGUAAGUGAUAAAAAUGCUAUGAUGUGAAAAUUGAUGUGAAUUGCAGUCAGUCUAUGAAUGAUGUGUAUUCUGUUAUUGCUAUUAUAAGGAAAUCAUAAAUAUGCAUAUUCAAUUUUAAAAAGUUGUAUAAUUAUAUUUUUGUACAGCAUGCACCCCCAUAUUUUAGGUUGAUAGAGUAUACAUAUAUAUGUUUCAGAAAUUUUUUUUCUGAGAAUUGAGUAAACUGCCUUUAUAGUUAGUUGUAAGUCAUUGCCCCUGGAAACAUUAUAGUACUACUAUCUCUAAGAAAAGAUGGAGGAUUAUGAUAAUACUACCUUUAUUAUUAUUAUUAUUAUUUUUUUUUUUUUGAAAAGCAUCUUUGAAAUGGUGCUGCUUCUGCUGAGUUACAAGAUUAAUAUUGAACAGUACUUAAGGAGCAGGUUUUAGUGGCUAUUUUACAUGCAAACAUCAUAUCUCAGCAAUUGAUUACUUUAGGGAAUUCUUUUAAGUAGAACCAGUCUUUUUGCUCCUCAGACCUCGUGACAAGCAGCUACCUUCUAUUUAUACUUGGUACAUUCUUUGAUUGAUCCUCUGUGACUUAAGAGAAAUGAUAGGACAGUAUUAGCUACUGAUUUUCCCUUUUAAAGGGUGACCGGUAUGAGCAGGUUCUAUAUUUUUUUUCUUUUUUUAAUGCUUUAUGUGACAAGGAUUAUCUUUUUGUAAAUAUGGAAUGAUGUAGUUCCUAUUGUGAAUAUAGAAGAUAGACAUAACGUUUUAUGAUAAGGACAGCGCGCUUCACUCAAUUUUUACUGUUUAUAUUAGAUUGUUCAUAGUCUUGUCAGGGGUUGAAAAUACCCUUUAACACCUCCCUAAUAAUUUUCUAAAUACAGAAACAAAUCAU